CGAAGAGGAAGGAAGAAUGGCAAGUGGUCCUCCAUGGCGGUGGUGCGAGUUGGAGCUUCCAUUGGGGAUAUCAGAAGAAGCGUUCCAAUUGAAGAAAGCUGUGUGCAGCCAUGGCCUCUUUAUGAUGGCUCCUAACUAUUGGGACCCUCUUUCCAACACUCUCACGCGCCCUCUCCGUCUACCUCUCUCCGGUGAUCGCUCCUCCCCUUCCUCGUCUCUCUUUCGAUCUGUCAUCGUCACCAUUGCUCAGCCUUCGCAUCGUCCCAGCUCGCUCAAUCUUCGAGUUCAUGGCACCAGCUUCAUCUCUCCUCAACAACAACAUGCAUUACUGGCUCAGGUGUCAAGAAUGCUGCGUCUGUCAGAGACCGAAGAGAAAGCUGUGAGGGAGUUCAGAAGCAUAUCCAUGCAUGGCGAUGAUGAUCAGAACAAAAGCUUUAACGGCAGAGUCUUUAGGUCUCCCACAUUGUUUGAGGAUAUGGUCAAGUGCAUCCUCCUCUGCAACUGCCAGUGGUCGAGGACUUUGAGCAUGGCUCAGGCACUUUGUGAGCUUCAGCCGGAACUGGACAAUGUGUGCUCCUUCCCAUCGAUUGUUGAAGGGGGAGCCACAGUCUCUAACAGUCAAGAAGAAAAAGCUAAGAAUGGAGACUACGUUCCAAAGACACCAGCGACAAAAGAAACCAAGAAAACACAUAGGACCUCUGGCUUUUCCUCUGAAAGCAAGUUUCUUAAGAAGAAACUGGACUUCGAAGGAGAUGAAAAUUCGCGGGAAGACAAUGUCCCUGCAACAAGUUUGAACUCAAGCUUGCAUCCAACUGAUACUGAUGGAAAUCCAAGUCAGCAUUGCAAAUCUUGUGAAAAUUCAACGGAGUUAAGCACGGAUGACGAAUCAUCUCUUGGGUUCUCUAAUGGAAGAGACUAUUUUGCUAACGAGGGUAUUGGGAAUUUUCCAUCCCCAGAAGAGCUAGCAAACCUUGAUGAGAGUUUUCUGGCGAAGCGAUGCAAACUUGGUUAUAGGGCAGGGCGGAUACUAUAA